UGAUGCAACCUUGCCUACACCACCGACUGUCCACCGUCCAUCGCUUCCCUUACUGCCCUGCUUUCAUUAUUGGUGUAUUUAUUCUUUCCCCAUUUUCUUGUCACUGCAGAUAUUCAUUCCAGCUGAAGGUCAGAAAUACAGGCCUGCUGGGACUUUUAUAUUAUUUCCUCCCUUGUUUCGUAGUUGUACAGUCAGUGUGCGCAGCGUGCUCAAGGUCAUCCCCAGAAAGCGCAGCGCCACGGCCCGAUGAGGAAUUGCGAGUGGCAACACACCCCUAGCUAUCGUGACACCUGCUGGAGACACCCACACCGCGGCAAGGUGAGCACACUGCAUACACGGCCACCACACUACAACUCGCUAUUAACAGACCCCGAGGCGUGUGCUGAACUGGAAUGGUAGAGUGGCAAUGCUCCUGUUGUCCCUGCUAGUGAAAUACGUGUGUUGUGGUGGUGGUCGUAGCCCCGACAAGGUUAUCCCACCCACCGCCUGCCUCUACUGUGGUGAAGGGCGGGAUGAGGGAUCUGCCUGCCGCCUCAUAUAAAUCCCAGGACAUUUAGUAGCAGCAGCAGCAGGACAAGGAUCAGGAUGGUGCGUGCCUGGUACAUGGAUGACAGCUCGGAUGACCAGAGGCUGGAGCAUCAACUCACACCACCGAAGUCUGUAUCCCUGGAGGAACUGGCCAAGAAUACAGGUGUCAUAUAUUACAAGUUGGACCCAAAGAAGUAUGAUGAGGAGGGCAAGCUGAGUCGCAUCAAGGAGGAACGCGGCUACAACUACAUGGACGUCAUACAGGUGUCCCCUGAGAAGAUGCAUAACUAUGAGGAGAGGAUCAAAGUGUUCUUUGAGGAACACCUUCACACAGAUGAAGAGAUUCGCUUCAUCACGGAAGGCUCUGGUUACUUUGACGUGAGAGACCAGGAGGACCACUGGAUCAGAAUUGAAGUCACACCUGGAGACCUGAUCAUCCUGCCGGCCGGGAUCUACCACCGCUUCACCCUUGACACAAAGAACUACAUCAAAGCGAUGCGUCUGUUCACUGGUGAGCCGGUGUGGACGCCCCACAACCGCCCAGCAGACAACAUGGAGGCUCGCAAAAACUACAUUCUGCAACAGAGCAAAGGCUUCCUGGUGAAAUAGACGUGGAGCAUGCCAUCAAGGUAACGAGGAGCACCUGGGUAACUAAGACUGGUAGGUAGUAGAUCCUUGAGGUACAAAACAGUGGUGUGAUGGCAGCUUGGCACAGGAUGGCUGGAUGUGUCUGAUGCCCACUGCUGCUGCUGCUGCUCUAGGCUGUGGACGCCAGACUUCUUGCUGGCCUUUCUGUCAGUUUUGUAAGGAACUUUUGUUAAUAAUAUAUAUAUAUAUGCAGAGUAUAUCUUGUUGGUAAUUAUAGGUCAGUCUAUUAGUGCAGUGGAUAGUUGACAUUUUAAAUGAAAGCAUUUUGAGUAUAAAGAUUUAUAAUUGUAACUAAUUUGAAGAUUAAAUAUAUUUUAGUGUAUGAAGAAAAUCUGCCUGGUAGUAUAUAUUAUGUGAAAAUACAUGAUUGAGUUAGUAGCUUGAGCUGAUGUUAUAUGGGCAUCACUUAUGUUGUGGCCUGAAGCUGAAAGCUGUUGCUUGUAAAGCAGAAAAGUACAAUUACCUUGGUACAAACCACCACGCUCCCUACAUGUGCACACACUGGAGAUGUGUUAGAAAGUCUGUAUCUGCAUCAUCUUGAAAGCCACAUUUAUUUUGAAGAUUUGAUAAACACCUGCAUCCUUACAAUGCACAAACAGUGUUACAGAUGUAAGACAUUAUAUUGCUGAGCAGUUUUUAUCAUGUAAUGGAAUGUUGUAACAGUAAGAAAACACACAAUGUAGUGAAAGUAUUAGCCAUUUGAAAAAAUUGUAAUCUAUAGCAAGCAUCUUGGAAAAGAGAUACCAUCCAUGUAUCUCUGAAUUGAGAUCUAAUUCACCUUUAAUACAUGUUUACUUUUGUCAGCUUGUUGAGCCCUCCUGGCUCUUGUGCACAAAAUUGUAUCGUCACUCUUGCUUAUUCCAAGUGCAAAAUAUACUUUUGGUAGCUUGUUGAAUAAAAUUGAUUUAUUUUUUAGCUCAUUUCAAAAUAGAUAACAUAUUUAACAUGAUCCAAGACAUUCCAUAAUUAUUUCCUUGACCUGUUUUUCUGUAGUCUAAAAUUUCAUAUUACUACAUGACUAUUUCCCAAACCUGUAGUGUCUUUGUACAUCCAUGUCCCCCUACAAGUGGCCUUAUCACAACAAUUAAGUACAUGAAUUUUCAGCUGUGAAAUUGAGCCUAAGUGUUAGUUUGGUAGUACAGUACAGCACAUGGCCCUUUGUUGUGGUAAGAGUAGAUACCAUGGUCUGUGUGGUGAGAGAUGCAUCUUGUGCUUUUUUAUCCCAGGGUUUUUAUUGGUGCAAUAAAUAUCUGUGACAAA